GGCAGCUCUCCUCCUUCCCUGUCCAGGUUACCAUACAGUGCGUGGAUGGAAGCAAGAUUCCCUGCUCCAUCUCAAACGAGCCAACCACUUUGAAACUUAAUUCCUACCUACGACAACAACUCCAAGCUUAAACCAAGCUCUACUUUUCUUUACCACUUCCAAGGGACUCUCGUUCGUUCUUAUUCUGUCAUCAUUAGAUAUCUGUCACCCCUAUCUGCCUCCACUGAGCAAGCAAGCUACCUACCGCCAUCUCGUCGCGCCUAGCGGACGAUGUGAAUGAGCUACAGCUAUGGAUGCCAACAUCCAGCGGGCCCUUAAUGAUAAGCUCUACGACAAACGUAAGAUCGGGGCUCUCGAGCUUGAACGUGUAAUUCGAGAUCUUGUCAGUGUCAAGGACUAUCAACGAGUUCAUGAUAUUCUGGAGCAGCUGUGCAACGACUAUGCGUACGCUGUGCAUCAGCCUCAUGCUAGAAAUGGCGGUUUAAUAGGCCUGGCUGCUGCCGCUAUUGCCCUGGGUCCAGUACGUUUCAACCUACUAGAUCUUCUCGUCUCAAUGCUAGAUGUCUUCUCAGAAGAGAUCUAGUACCUCAGUCUUCCCCAAGAGCCUACAUCUAACUUUCAAGCCAGGAACUACCUAGAUAUCUCGCCAAGAUCGUCCCCCCUGUCCUGGCAUGUUUCACCGACCAAGAUGCAAGAGUAAGGUAUUAUGCUUGCGAGGCCAUGUAUAAUAUAGCCAAGGUUGCAAAGGGAGAAAUAUUGGUGUAUUUUAAUAGUAUCUUUGAUCAGCUUUGCAAGCUUGGGGCGGACUCGGAGCUGUCAGUCAAAAACGGAGCGGAACUGUUGGAUCGACUCGUAAAAGAUAUUGUAUCUGAGUCUGCUGCUUCAUACGUCUCUAUUCUCGAGGCACCGCCGGAGUUCGAUGGCGAUGAUAAGGUAUCGCUAGGCGAGAACUCCCACUUGCCUACAGCGUUCUCCCUCCCUCGAUUUAUUCCACUCUUGAAAGAGCGCAUAUGGGUCAUUAAUCCUUUCACUCGGCAAUUUCUCGUGGGCUGGAUCACGUUGCUCGAUUCUAUACCCGACUUGGAGCUUGUCACAUAUCUCCCGGACUUCCUUGGAGGCCUUCUCAAGUUCCUAUCCGACCAGAAUUCGGACGUGAGGGUCGCCACGCAAACCUGCUUGGAUAAGUUUUUGAACGAGAUCAAACGCAUUGCACGUAUCAAAAAGGGCAUAUUGGAAAGCAAACGCUCUAAGGAGGGUGCCAAGCGGAAACGACAGGACUCGAUCGAUAGCGAAUCGAUAAGCCCCGACUUUGAGGAAGGAGAUGAGCUCGACUCGAACGCCGCACUCGAUGAUGAUGACGACAGUGGAGAGGAUUGGAUUCCUGGUCAAGAUGUCGAGAUAAACUACAAGGAGAUCCUCCAGAUACUCACUGCCACGCUGGAUUCCCCUCUAGAGGAGGAUUGUCUCCUCGAAUCACUUAGAUGGGUUGUUGAAUUUCUAGAUAUUUGUCCCGAAGAAGUCCUUCCCUUUACGCCCAAGAUCCUCGCCCAUAUGCUUCCAGCUAUGGCCAGCACCAAAGAAACCAUCCAUCAAGCAGCAACCCGGGUCAACACAUGCCUGAUGGACUAUGUCGUUUCACUUUCCGACGACUCGGAGUUGAGUCAACCGCCGCCUCCUGCUCAGCCGCCUCAACACCUCUCGACCUCUCGACUGCCAGUUCUCGGAGAAAAGGGGACCGAGGGCAACAACAGCAACAGGGCAUCCCUAUCAAGCUCCAGAGACCUCGAUCUCCGUAGUCCUACACCUGCUCAAGGCCGCUCGAUAUCGACUCCUGCUGAUAUCAACAUUACGCAGACACAAGCCGAUCUGGACUACGCCGCCGCCGUCAACUCUUUGACUCUCCUCUUCCUCAACGACCAUGAAGCGACCCGGGUGGCGGCCUUGACGUGGCUUAUUAUGCUACACAGGAAAGCUCCCCGAAAGGUCCUCGCUUUCAACGAUGGCACGUUCCCAGCAUUACUGAAGACAUUAUCCGAUCCCUCAGACGCCGUAGUUACCAAGGAUCUUCAGCUUCUCUCACAAAUCUCAAGGAAUACAGAGGACGACUAUUUUGCAAAUUUCAUGGUCAAUCUCUUACAGCUUUUCUCAACAGAUCGAAAGCUGCUUGAAACUCGAGGAAAUCUCAUUAUCCGGCAACUGUGUUUAAGCUUGAGCCCGGAGAGGAUUUACAGGACACUAGCAGACUGCAUCGAGAAAGAGGAAGACGUCGAAUUCGCAAGCAUAAUGGUGCAGAACCUCAACAACAACCUCAUUACUGCUCCACAGCUAGCAGACGUUCGAAAAAGAUUACGAAACCUUGAAACAAAGGAUGGUCAAACGCUAUUCGUGGCAUUGUUUCGAUCAUGGUGCUAUAAUGCUGUCGCUACCUUCUCACUUUGCUUGCUCGCCCAGGCCUAUGAGCAAGCUUACAACUUGCUGCAGAUCUUCGGCGAAUUGGACAUGACAGUCAACAUGCUCAUUCAAGUAGAUAAGCUAGUACAGCUUAUUGAGUCACCCGUCUUCACUUACUUACGACUACAGCUCCUGGAACCUGAGAAGUACCCAUACUUAUACAAGUGCAUGUAUGGCAUUCUCAUGCUUCUACCACAGUCCUCGGCAUUCGCUGCGCUGAAGAACAGACUCAACAGUGUCAGCUCUAUAGGUUAUCUACAUGCGGCACCUCGAACGUAAGUUGAAGAUUGCUUUGUAGUGGGCGUGUUGGGCAAGGAUUGCUUAGCUCUUGACUCCCCAGCGAGAUGUACCGGCUUCUGUGGCAAGCUAACCUGUGGACAGGGCUCCUCCAACUACAAGUAGCUCCAAUUUUGACAGACCCAAUCGACUCAAGAGCAGGGAAGAUGGGAACAUACGAUGGGUUGAACUCCUGGAAAAGUUCCGAAGUGUGCAGGAACGAGCUAGACGCGCGCAGCGUCAGAACAACAUGGACGGUGACGAAAUACCACCAAUGGGAGUCAGUGAACUCCGCAUUGGCGACGGAGCGGUAGAUGUCAAAGGCAAGGAGACACGGGGUGUCGGCUUGCAAACGAUUCCCCAGAAAGAGCCAGCGCCCGCUCCUCCGGUGCCGGCCAAAAGAAUAGGGUUGGGUAGACAGUUUGGAAGAUUGGGUGGCGCCGUGGCAGGUAAGGGGCGGCGAAACCCAUAGCGACUGAUUCCAGUUUGGUUAUAUAGGUAUUGAGCGUUAUUUGUCUGGUGUGUCGACUUGAUGCGGAAGUAGAGUUGGCAGUGUUCAAGGUUCAUUAAUGUAUAGUAUCAGGCCAAGGAUCAAAUAAGACAAACUCAGCGUCGUCGCUUAACAGGACUUUCACGUUCCACUAAGCCUUCAAAGACAGCAUCACGCUGCGAUUCUACGGAACGUAGCUGAUCUCGGAGCUCUUCGAGUUCUGCUCUGGCCAUGUCUGGAUUGCUAGGAAGACCUUGAAACGUGGCCAGCUGGAGGUCAAGCUCCUUCUUUCGUGACAACACUGACAAGUAUUCUUGCUCGUCGCGAGCGAGGUCGGCAACGGUUGGGUGCGAGGAGUCGGUGGAUGCAGCCAGGGCAGCAACCUUGUCUUGAAGCUCAGGUAGUUUGGCGGACAAUGCCUUGACCUUGCGCUGCAUGUCGAGGUUCUGCUUGGCCAAAUGUGCCGGUGGCCGAUAGUCGUCUCUCUGUAGCUCUUUGAAAAGUUCCUUGAUACGAGCUGCUUCAUCGUCUAUAUGUUUAUGGAGAACCUCGACGCGGGCCUUCAUCUGUUCAGCAUCGUGGAUGCUUGCCUGAAGUUGGCACAUGCGCUGGCCUAGUGUGUCGGGCUCUGGGAAAGCGACUCCGAAUUGAAGAGUCAUAUUGGCCAUAGCAUCAAGAGCGGUGUGGCCAUCGGUAGGUAGAUUGUGUUCUACGGCUUCAAUGAGGCCUUCCCUCAGUGGCCGGCUAGUUUUGUCGAUCUUCCUCCCAGAGUCGGUGAGCUCCUGCAAAGCAGUUGCUUCAGACUUAGCCACCAGGUUGCGCUCAUCAUCGGCAGCUUCGUUGACAGAGGCGAGAGCUAAUAGGGCUUUAAGGGUGUCGUUGUUGCGCUCGAAAGACGGGACCGGUCGAGGGUGAAAUUUGGAGGAGAGCCAGGCGUCAACAUAGGACCAAUCGCGGGCGGUGGAAGCCGCGAUACGAGCAACCGAGGGAGAGAAAAUGGCCGAAUCUUGACUGAGGAGACGAUGAUGGGCCAUGAUUGAGUGCGCCAGAGAACAAGUGAAUGAAUCUCUCUGUUUUGAAUCAAGGAGCGGAUUUGGUGUGCAAUUCUCCAAGUUUGAGGUGCAUC